AUGGCAGCACAAAUACCAGAAUCUGAUCAGACCAAACAGUUCAAGGAAUUUCUUGGAACCUACAGUCAACUUACAGAAACCUGCUAUUUGAACUCUGUUAAAGACUUCACAACAAGAGAAGUAAAACCCGAGGAGAUGAAGGAGGCCCUGGCAACCAAAGCAGGACCCCUUGGCCAAUCAGGAUAG